GUCUCUACUUUCAACCCGGCAGCAGUGGGCAACGUGAUGUGCCGAAACCUGAUCAACAUUGACUGGCAGGGCGCCCUCUUCGACUGUGACUUUAACCAGCAGCUCGCCCUCAGCCUUCCCCCCAAGCCAUCCAGUGCAACCGACUCCCCAUUCGCCUCUGAUCCUUCUCCCCCGCCUCGCUCUGUCUUUGACAUCCAAUCACUGGACGAGCUUGUGGAUCGCCCCAUAGCCACGGCAGCGCACUGCUACGGGUGUACAGCUGGCAGCGGCUCCAGCUGUACAGGCGCGGUGGUGUAG